GAGGGGAGGGAGGGCAAAGAUGGCGGCCGUGAGUUAGAAAGCGGCGGGCGGCGGGGCCGGCGGCGGAGACUUCCAGGAGCCCGCGGGAGGAUCGAGUGCGACAGAGAAGAUGGUGGAGCCAGGACAAGAUCUGUUGCUUGCUGCUUUGAGUGAGAGUGGAAUCAGUCCAAAUGAUCUCUUUGAUAUUGACUCUCCAGACGUGGUUCUUGCAAAUCCAGCACCAACUCCAGCUGUUCAGCAGUCGGUGCCGCUCAGCGCCUUGGAGCUGGGGCUGGACACUGAGGCUGCAGCUGCUGUCAAACAAGAACCAGAGACUGUCUCCACUCCAGCCCUGUUAAAUGUUCGGCAACCACCAUCCACCACAACCUUUGUGCUGAAUCAAAUAAAUCAGCUUCCAACUCUGGGGACAACCAUAGUGGUGACAAAAACGACGCCUGUGACGACCUCGCGGCAGACGAUCACUGUAGCAAAGAUCAUCCAGACCAGCACAACCACCCGGCCCUCGGUGGCAGCACCAGCAGUUCGCAAUGCCUUGACCACUGCACCUUCCAAGGACCAGAUUCAGCUGAAAGAUCUGCUCAAGAACAACAGUCUGAAUGAACUCAUGAAAUUGAAGCCACCUCCUAAUAUUGCCCAGCCUGUAGCGACAGCAGCGACUGACCUAAGCAAUGGUGCAGUGAAGAAGGAGGCUUCCACAAAAGAGGUAGCAAGGAUAUGGAUAAAUGACAUUAAAAUGAGAAGUUUUUCACCAACUGUGAAAGUGCCAGCAGUAAAAGAAGAGGAGGAACCUGAGGAGGAAGAUGAAGAAGAAAUGGGCCAUGCAGAGACCUAUGCUGAAUAUAUGCCAAUAAAAUUAAAAAUUGGUCUGCGUCACCCUGACCCAGUGGUGGAAACCAGCUCCUUAUCCAGUGUGACUCCUCCUGAUGUGUGGUACCAGACAUCAAUAUCAGAGGAAACCAUUGACAGUGGCUGGUUGUCAGCUUUGCAGCUGGAAGCAAUCACUUAUGCAGCCCAGCAACAUGAAACAUUCCUGCCCAAUGGAGACAGAGCUGGAUUCUUGAUAGGUGAUGGUGCUGGUGUAGGAAAAGGAAGGACCAUAGCUGGAAUAAUCUAUGAAAAUUACUUGUUAGGCAGAAAAAGAGCAGUCUGGUUUAGCGUUUCAAAUGAUCUGAAAUACGAUGCUGAGAGAGAUUUGAGAGAUAUUGGAGCAAAAAACAUAUUGGUGCAUUCAUUAAACAAGUUCAAGUAUGGGAAGAUUUCUUCCAAACAUAAUGGAAGUGUGAAGAAAGGUGUCAUCUUUGCUACCUAUUCUUCUCUUAUUGGGGAAAGUCAGUCUGGUGGUAAAUACAAAACCAGAUUAAAGCAGCUCCUUCACUGGUGUGGUGAAGACUUCGAUGGAGUUAUUGUAUUUGACGAGUGUCAUAAGGCAAAGAAUCUGUGUCCUGUUGGUUCAUCAAAACCAACAAAAACAGGUCUGGCUGUAUUGGAACUUCAAAAUAAACUUCCAAAAGCCAGGGUUGUUUAUGCCAGUGCCACAGGUGCAUCUGAGCCAAGGAACAUGGCAUAUAUGAACCGUCUUGGAAUAUGGGGUGAAGGAACUCCAUUUAGGGAAUUCAGUGAUUUUAUUCAGGCUGUUGAAAGAAGAGGUGUUGGUGCCAUGGAAAUAGUUGCUAUGGAUAUGAAGCUGAGAGGAAUGUACAUAGCCAGACAGUUGAGUUUUUCAGGUGUAACUUUCAAAAUCGACGAAGUUCUGCUCUCACAGGAAUAUGUUAAAAUGUACAAUAAAUCUGUGAAACUGUGGGUCAGUGCUCGAGAGAGGUUUCAGCAGGCGGCCGAUCUCAUCGAUGCCGAGCAGCGCAUGAAGAAAUCUAUGUGGGGUCAGUUCUGGUCAGCUCACCAGAGGUUUUUCAAGUACCUUUGCAUAGCCUCAAAGGUGAAAAGGGUGGUGCAGCUGGCUCGGGAAGAAAUCAAGAAUGGCAAAUGCGUUGUCAUUGGCCUGCAGUCAACAGGAGAAGCCAGAACAUUGGAAGCUUUGGAGGAAGGUGGUGGGGAACUGAAUGACUUUGUUUCUACAGCAAAAGGAGUAUUCCAGUCUCUUAUUGAGAAGCACUUUCCAGCUCCUGACAGGAAGAAGCUGUUCAGCUUGUUGGGAAUUGACCUGACUGCUCAGAGUAAUAACAAUUCACCCCGGGACAGCCCUUGCAAGGAGAACAAAGUAAAGAAACGAAAAGGUGAAGAAAUAAGCAGAGAAGCCAAAAAAGCCCGCAAAACAGGUGGCCUUGCAGGGAGCAGCUCUGAUGAGAGUGAGAGUGAGUCUGAUGCUUCAGACAAUGAAGAAAGUGACAAUGAGAGCUCCAAAUUUUUGAGUUCUGGAGACGAUGAUGACUUCAACCCCUUCAGAGAUGAAUCCAGUGAAGAUGAUGAAGAUGAUCCCUGGUUGAUUAGAAAAGAGCAUAAAAAAAAUAAAGAAAAGAAAAAGAAGAAAAGCAUAGACCCAGAUUCUAUUCAAAGUGCCUUACUAGCCUCUGGUCUGGGAUCCAAACGACCCAGCUGCUUCACUUCCACUGUUGGAACCACCACUUCUAGUACCAACACGUCUGCAAACAGUAACACAAACAGCAGCUUUGUAACGAGUCAGGAUGCUGUUGAAAGGGCCCAACAAAUGAAAAAAGAACUGCUGGAUAAACUGGAAAAGCUGGCUGAAGAUCUUCCACCUAAUACACUGGAUGAGCUUAUAGAUGAACUGGGUGGUCCUGAAAAUGUUGCAGAGAUGACGGGCCGCAAAGGCAGAGUGGUGAGCAACGAUGACGGCAGCAUCUCCUACGAGUCACGGUCUGAGCUGGAUGUGCCCGUGGAAAUCCUGAACAUCACAGAGAAGCAGAGGUUCAUGGAUGGAGAUAAGAACAUUGCCAUCAUCUCAGAGGCUGCCAGCUCUGGUAUCUCUCUGCAAGCAGACCGCAGGGCCAAGAACCAGAGGCGGAGGGUGCACAUGACCCUGGAGCUGCCGUGGAGCGCCGACAGAGCAAUCCAGCAGUUUGGAAGAACUCAUAGAUCCAACCAAGUGACUGCUCCAGAGUAUGUGUUCCUCAUUUCUGAACUGGCAGGAGAGCAAAGAUUUGCAUCUAUAGUUGCAAAAAGACUGGAGAGUUUGGGAGCCCUGACCCACGGGGACAGACGGGCCACAGAAACUCGAGACCUCAGCAGAUUCAAUUUUGACAACAAGUAUGGCAGAAAUGCUCUGGAGAUUGUUAUGAAAUCCAUUGUGAACUUGGACUCCCCAAUGGUCUCACCUCCUCCUGAUUUUCCUGGAGACUUCUUCAAAGACGUUCGUCAAGGAUUGAUUGGUGUAGGCUUGAUAAAUGUGGAGGACAGAUCUGGAAUUCUGACCCUUGAUAAAGAUUACAACAAUAUAGGGAAAUUUCUGAAUCGAAUUCUUGGCAUGGAAGUCCAUCAGCAGAAUGCUCUGUUCCAGUACUUCUCUGACACGUUAAAUGCAGUUAUUCAGAAUGCUAAAAAGAAUGGAAGAUAUGACAUGGGCAUCUUAGAUUUGGGCUCUGGGGAUGAGAAGGUGAGGAAGGCAGAUGUUAAGAAGUUUUUAACUCCUGGAUAUUCUACCUCUGGACAUGUAGAGCUGUACACAAUCAGUGUGGAGAGAGGAAUGUCUUGGGAUGAAGCAACAAAGAUCUGGGCAGAACAAACAGGUCCAGAUGAUGGAUUUUAUUUAUCACUACAGAUAAGAAAUAACAAGAAAACAGCAAUUCUAGUAAAAGAAGUGAAUCCUAAAAAGAAGCUUUUUUUGAUAUACAGACCAAAUACUGGGAAACAACUCAAACUAGAAACAUGUGCAGACCUGAAAAAGAAAUAUAAGAAGGUACCUUCUGAGGAUGCUCUGCCACACUGGCUGGAGCAGUACAACUCCUCUGCAGACACCUGCACCCACGCCUACUGGAGAGGGAACUGCAAGAAGGCAGGCCUGGGGCUGGUGUGUGAGGUGGGGCUGCGCUGCAGAACCUACUACGUGCUGUGUGGCUCCGUGCUGAGCGUGUGGACGAAGGUGGAAGGAGUGCUGGCCUCGGUCAGCGGCACCAACGUCAAAAUGCAGAUCGUGCGCCUGAGGACAGAGGAUGGGCAGAGGAUCGUAGGUUUGAUCAUUCCUGCAAAUUGUGUGUCGCCCCUCGUGAACCUCCUGUCGACGUCCGACCAGUCGCAGCAGCUGGCAGUGCAGCAGCAGCAGAUCUGGCAGCAGCACCACCCCCAGAGCAUCACCAACCUCAACAACGCAUGAGAGGACAAGCUACAGGUGUUGACUUUGGUGUUUGAGGAAAAGGCUGUAAAAGCAUAUCACUUGCAUAAAAAUCAGGGACAGAUUCCAAAGAAAUAUAACUUUUUCAGUUCAGUUGUGUCUCAAAUACUUUGGGAAUAAAGAGAUCUAAAAAGGUUGGUAGAACUGAAAGCCAGCAGUUGUUUAUGGUGGUGCAUCUGUCUUUCCUUAUGCUCUCUGUAGUGCUUCCUGUUUGCUUUUACUUUUGGCCUUUUAAGCUACAAACCACAAUUUGUUUGAAAAUGCUUGAAAAUCCCCAAGCAGGCUUUAUUUUUAUCUUGUCAUACAGUGCUCAGGGUUUAACGCAGUGCAUCGAUGCCAUUGCUGUGGGAGAUCUCGAAUGCAUGUAUUGAGUAUAUAUAUAGAAAAUAUAUAUUGGGUUUUUCUCUUCAAUUUGAGUUUAUAAAAGCAUGAAACCUAGAGGUUGCACAUCAUGCAUUCAGGUUCCUUCCCAGUUUCUGUUUGACAGUGCAUGUCUUUGGAAACGGGCAUGGACGGCAUAAACACACGAGACAGGAAUUCAGAGAGAAACACAAUCUUAGUUGUACAGCAUUGGUUAUUGCAUUUUUAUAGUGUUUAUACCCAGGUGUUGCAUUUUUUCUGGUUCUCUCCUGGGAGUUAUAUAUUUGAGUCUACAACAUGUUCUUUUUGUGAUAAACAUCUUAAAUUAAAAUUAGCUCAUUUUUAAUGUAUUAAUGGUAUUCCUAAUGUGUACUGCAAAGAUGGCUGGAUGCCUGUUUUCCUUAAAUUGAAGCAUUUCCUUAAUCUGAGGUGGUUAUGGAAACUUAAGUGCAAAUUCACUUCCAUCUCGCAUACAAUCUUAUAUUUUUUACUUCAUUAACAUAAUUUAAUUUGUCACUUUUAAGAUGAAACCUUACUUGAGCUGUAAAUUAGAGAAUGGGAAACACUUGAGGGUUCCGCUGUAUGUGCUGUUUCUGUUAUGUUUAAUAUGUUGUAAGACAUUGUAGAGUUUAUCUGGAGCUGUUUAAAAGAAAUUGUAAUGUACAAAUGUGAAUAGUCACUUAUCUAUAAUAUGGGUAAGUUUUGUUUUGCCUAUAAUAGUAGAUGUUUAUAAGAAAGUGAAGGACAAUGUUUGUCAUUUCUUGCUUGCACAGGUUGCACUAUUGAAAAAUUGAGAUUGUAUAAACCUGUCCAAAAAACUACAAGAUAAUGAUCUUGUAGAUGUCAAAUAAAAGUUAUUGUACUAACAAGAAGUGGAGUCUUGUUUAGGCAAUCACCAUAUUCCAAAAAAACUAACAAGUCUGUACAAUUGGAAUUGGACAGGACUUGGCAUGUUCCUGCUCUAACCAGGCUUCUGUCUUGCAGCCCAAACCUCUCGGCUGAACUCGCUAAUGAGGCAAGAGCCAAACUCUGUCUAAAGCUCCCUGUGUGUCUUAAGGAAGGCUCAGCUCAGUUCCAGAGCAGGAUGGCUGCAGGUGUGGCACCUCUGAAGCACUCGGUGAGCCACUCGAGGGUCAGAGUGGGGCAGAAGAAGAGAGUUCCCUUAAGGAAUUAUCCCUUAUUAAUUCCGUAAAUCCCUUAUGGAAUUAUUGCUCCUGAGGCUCUUUAUUGCUCCCAGUGCCAGCAGCUCAGUGUGGUCACCAAGGGAAGGAGGGAAGGGAGACCUGGCAGGGAAGGAAGUUUGCCCAAUUCCUUCUGCCUUAGCCUGAAGUAGUCAGGAAGGAUGAAGCCCCUGCUCCUGCUUGGGAUAACUGGAACUGCAGAUCUGGAAUAAUUCCUCUGCCCUCCAUGUCCUGCUGCACCUCUGUAAAUCCCUGGGAUGCAGGUGCUUGGUUUUGGGGGAUCUUCAGUGCUGGGAGCAGGGGAGGGGAGCUGAGCACUGUCACAGCACAGGGUGUGGGGGAGGCUGUUCUGUGUUCUGUACCCACCAGGGGAUGGAUUUGGCACCCAUUCCAGGAGCAGGGCUGGGAUUUUGAGGAGUGUGUUGACAGAUUACUACUGCAGCAGACAGCAAACCAAACUGCCAGUAACGACAGGCUGUGUGUGGCUGCUGCUUAAUUGUUACUUGCUGGAGAAACUUCUGCCAUCUGAGAUGGUGACAUAACAUUUUAGGUCUUGAUCCUCAGUAAAAUAGUUCUGGAAGUGGUAGACUCACAAUUAGCGAUUUUUAAUUUUUUUUUUAAAUAAUGAUUUAAAUACACUUGGUUCCUAAGUGCUCUUUUCAGCCUGGUGUGUUCACUUUGAUUGUUGGGAUGAGCAAAUCUGAUAUUCCCUGUAUUGAUGAGCAAACAGCACUAUUUGCUUCAACCUUUUAAACUUCCCAUGGACUUGUGUCCCCUGGAGGGGAAAAAAGCUGACAGUACUUCCAAGAUCCAUAAGAACUGUUCCUGUUGCAGAAAUCCAUUCCUCUACUUGCUCCUCUGCCUGCUCCUUGCAACAUCACUGCCUUGGCUUUGCCAUCCACUCACUAACACAGCUGCAGCCAUGGCUCUGGACUGUUGUAACAUCUUGAAAGUUAACAUCAAAAAAAAAGAAAACAGCUUUCAAGCCACAGCAAUAUUUUCUCUCUUGAAAAUUCCUACUCGGUGCUUGGGGUGUGGAUUUUGGCACUUGUUCCCUGCAUGAGCUGCUGAUAAAGCUUGGGGAGAAAGGGAAUGUAAAUUGCCCUGGAUGGGGCAAGAACAGUGACUGGUGUCCCUUUGCAGCACUGCCUGUGAGACAAACAUCUUCCUGGGGAGGACAAAAAGACCAAUUAUUACAUCAUAAAUUAAUUACCAGGCCAGGCAAGGGUGGUCUCUGUGUUUUCCUGCUUGUGGGGUAUUGAUCUGCUUUGUACAAAAUGAAAUACAAAAUGCUCUGUACAUCUGAAAUGGACAUAAAGCCUAUAAAGGACAGAGGGCUCUGGGAACAGGGGCAAUGCCAUGUGUAAAAUGGCAGCAACUUCUGACUGUGUGCAUUUUGGAAUUGUGCUGCAGAAGGGGAAGGUGCAUACUUGAGUUGAUUUGGGAACUGAAAACCCAGAUUUUGGGUUCUUUUCUCUAACUGUCCCUUGACAGCAACUCAAUUAUGACUUGUUAACUAGUUUCAUAAUUAAGAUAUGUCUGGCAUGAUAAAUGCAAUUAUAACCCCCUCAAAGCCUCCUUGCACUGCAAGUAUUCCACAUUUUCCAGUGGCUGUGUGGUUCAUUGGGAACACACUCCUCUUGUAAGGACUGCAAGUUCCCCAAAGAUGCAAGUUCUCUGUUCCAUGUGUAGUAUUUUCUUUGUAAAUGGAGAAAUCUCUGCAACCUGUAAACGCUGUUCAAGUGAAUUAUCAAGGGGUUUUGUAUUUUUCUUUUGUGUUUGGAAUAACUUCACUCGGCUCCCAGUGCAGUCUGUACAUAAAUAGAGCCUGUUUGUAUAUAGAGGUGUUAAAGGCUACUGAAUUAUUGAAUGUAAAUAACUCUCGUUUUCCUCUGUGGUUUUUUCCUUCAUGACCUUCCCAAGAUGUAUUCCUAUUUUCUCAACCUGCCACGUGGGCAGCUUGUGUGUACUUUGAAAUAUAUAUAGAGCAUAUAUAAACCUUCCA